AGAAGCUAAAUAAAACAUAGAAGAUGACAAGGAAGGAGAAGUUAAUAUUUAUAUAUGAGAAAAGACAAAAGAUGUAAUGUUAAUCAAAGGUCAAGCUGGGUCAGGGAAAAGUAGAGCAGCUAGAAGGAUUGAAGAAAAUUUAUGGAAACAAAAUCAAGACUAAAUUGAUUGGAUUCCAAUCUAUAUAUAAUUGCCAUAAUAAAAAUUACCCAAAGUCUAAUCUACAAGCACUUGAAUCUGAAAAUUUUGGGUUUGAUAAACUCUUGAUAGUUAUGAUGAAAUGA